UUUUAUGUAAUUUUUUUAAAACUAGUUUAAAAUUAGUAACAAAAUUAAAAAAGACAAGGAUUAUAAUAUUUUUUGAGUAUUAAGAAAGAUGACGUAAUGUUUCAUCCCAUUAUGUCGUUUUUAAAGUGCUUUAACAAACCAUUUUGUUUUGGAAUAAUUGUUGCAUCUGUAACAUGGGUAGUAACAAUAGCUUUAUAUUUACAUAUAGUUACUAAAAAAACUCCUAUGCAAAAUGCAGUUCUUCAUCAAAAAACAUAUUCAUCAUCAUCCUCACUGUCUUUAUUGAAAUUGUUUCAAAAUAAUGUUCCAACAUUCCAAUUUAAUCAAAGUGUAAUUGAUUCACAUAAUUUAGAGCCAAUAUUUCAUUUCGAUAGUGAUUAUGGUGCUGGAGAAUUGGGAAUUGUUCGCACUAUAGAGGACAAACAUAUUAGAGAUAUAGGAUAUAAGCAGCAUGCAUUUAACGCUUUAGUUAGUAACAACAUAGGAUUAACACGUAAUAUUCCUGAUACCAGAAAUAUUGUCUGUUUGGAACAAAAAUACUCAAUUGAUUUGCCAUCAGCAUCUAUUGUUAUGUGCUUUUUUAAUGAACAUCUAACAACAUUACUACGCUCAAUAAAUUCUGUGUUACUGAGAUCUCGGAAAAAUUUGUUAAAAGAAAUUAUACUAGUUGACGAUUUGAGUGACUUACCGGAUUUAAAGAAAGAUCUUGAAGAUAAGAUAAGAGAUAUUGAUAUAGAUAAGAAAGUGAAAAUUAUUCGAAAUGAAAAUAGAGAAGGAUUAAUCAGAUCACGUGUUAUUGGAUCAAGGGCUGCAAUAGGGGAUGUUUUAAUAUUUUUAGAUAGUCACAUUGAAGUGAACAAUCAUUGGCUAGAGCCAUUAUUAGAUGCAGUACAACGAGAAAACUCUACAUUAGCAGUUCCAGUUAUUGAUAUUAUUAAUCCGGAUACAUUUGCUUAUUCCCCAAGCCCCUUAGUAAGGGGAGGAUUCAAUUGGGGAUUACAUUUUAAGUGGGAAAAUCUUCCUGUUGGAACAUUGGUGAAUAACGCGUCCUUCGCAGGACCAUUCAUAUCGCCGACAAUGGCAGGGGGUUUAUUUGCUGUUAAUCGUCAAUAUUUCAAAUUCAUUGGUGAAUAUGACAUGGGAAUGGAUAUUUGGGGUGGUGAAAAUCUAGAAAUAUCAUUUAGAGUAUGGCAAUGCGGCGGAGCAAUAAAAAUAUAUCCUUGUUCUCGUGUUGGUCAUAUUUUUCGGAAAAGAAGGCCUUAUGGAUCAACAGAUGGCUCCAACACAAUGAUGCACAAUUCCCUUCGUUUAGCUUAUGUUUGGAUGGAUGAAUAUAAAGAAUAUUACAUAGACGGACAGAAAAAGUGGGGACAAAAAGUUUUUGAAUUUGGCAAUAUUGAUGAUCGUUUAGAAUUACGAAAACGACUAAAUUGCUCAUCUUUUAAAUGGUACAUUGAAAAUAUUUACCCAGAAUUAGAUAUACCUGGUCAAAAACGUAAAAUAAUUGAUUCGUCAAAUCAAAAGGUUGCAUAUCAUCCUUGGCAUACUAGGAAACGAAAUUAUAUAAAAUUAGAUUUUAUGAUUCGGUUAUCUGAUACGGACUUAUGUAUUACUGUUAAGAAUCAGAAAAAAGAGAACGGUUUUUGGAAGCGUGGAAGCACAUUAUAUUUGAAACCAUGUACAAAAGCUAAGAAUCAAAUGUGGUAUCAAACCGAAAAAUCAGAAUUAAUACUAGAUAAAUUGUAUUGUUUAGAAGCAUCAGCUGAUUCAGGAAAAUCUGCUCCCGUAAUAGGGAAGUGCCAUGAAAUGCUUGGAGAUCAACAAUGGCGUUACACAUCAGAAAGUGGAAACUCUCCUAUAUAUAAUUCCGCAACAGGAACUUGUAUAAAAGCAAAUGCAGCAACAGUUGGUUCUCAAAUAAUUCUAGAUUUAUGUUCAAAAACAAAUUUGAAUAGUUGGGAUUUUUAUAGUUAAGUAAUAUAAUUUUAGAAAAGAUGAUAAGGUUUUACUUGAAAUCGGAAACUUUAACUACGGAUAAUUGUUGCGCAUAUGUUUGUUGAGUUGUAUUAAAGAAUUUGUUUUUGCUAAUUGUGAAAACAAAUAGUCCUCAAACUACAUUUCUAAUGGUAUUAUUAUGUAAUAUUUACUAUUGAUAUUAUUUUGAUUCCAUUUUAGCAUUUUAGAAUAAAUUAUUUUCCAAUUUUUAUUAAGUUUAUACGUUAAAAAGAAA